AUGGCCACUGAUAAAGAUGGACAAACGCCUCUUCAUUAUGCUGCCAGGUUGGGUACACCUGGAGUUGUUAAAUUCUUUUUAUCAACUGGUAAUUGUGAUCCUUUGGCUAAAGACAUUAAGGGGAGAACACCAUUACAACUAGCUAAGGAGAGACUGUAUGUUAGUGAUACUAUCGUUGCUAUCUUCAAGAAGUUUGGUAACGUUAAAAUAUCUCAUCCAAUUGAUUCUUAUGAAGUGAUAGAAAUAACUGAAGAAUUUAAGAUAUCAUUGACUCCAAUAAAGCUUAUAGAUAUUAAAGAUCUUGAUAUUGUCGUUAAAGAAUUAACAUCAGAUCAACACUUGCCUUGUUCUGUAUGGCAUGCAUUAGGUCUACAGUUAGGAUUAUAUGAUGACAGACUAAAGGAUAUAAAAGCAGACUAUCAUGGACAAUCAGUGGAGUGUUUCCGGGAGUGUAUGUCUGCCUGGUUAAGAGGAGAAGAUAAAGUGAGAGAGAAAGGAGGUCCCAGUUGGUCAUCAUUAGCUACAGCACUGGAUACAAUAGAAGAAAAAUCUAUUGCUAGUUACAUUAAAGCCAAAUAUUGUACUUAAGUUACUCAUUGAUAGCUGAGCUAUUUUGUAAUUUUGCUAUUUUAUGUGUGAUGCAGGGUUAUACAUUACUCAGUGUUAUAAAGUAUUUAUUAUUAUUAUGUUAAUUAUAAUAGGUUGCCUUUUCACUUUGUGCAAGUUUUUUCUGUUACCAUUAUUCCUUUCCGUCUGCUUCUCUUCACUCUAA